AUGGCGGCCACCAGAGCUGCCUACGUUUCCAGCACAUCCAUCUCACUCCUUCUCUUGCUGAUCCCCGUUGCUCUCGCCAAGGAUCACCAUACUCAUGGCACCAGCUACCUCCAGAGAGAUUCAUCGGUGUUCAUCGAGGAUGGCACCGCCGCCGCCGCCAACGCCACCACCAUCCUUGCGUCGCCCAACGGCCUCUUCGCCUGCGGCUUCUACAAGGUGGCCACCAACGCCUUUGUCUUCUCCAUCUGGUUCAACGGCUCGUCGGCGAAGACCAUCGCGUGGACGGCCAACCGCGACGCGCCGGUGAACGGCAGAGGGUCCAGGCUCGCCUUCCGAAAGGACGGGAGCAUGGCCCUGCUCGACUACGAUGGCACGGCCGUCUGGAGCACCAACACGACCGCGACUCGUGCCAGCCGUGCAGAGCUUCUCGACAGCGGCAACCUUAUCAUCGUGGAUCCAGACGGUCGGAGCCUCUGGACAAGCUUCGACUCACCGACAGACACGCUUCUGCCGUCGCAGCCGAUGACUCGGAACAUAAAGCUGGUAUCUGCAUCUGCCAGGGGCUUGCUCUAUUCAGGUUUCUAUACAUUAUACUUUGACAGCGACAAUGAGCUAAGGCUCAUCUACAACGGCCCUGACAUCAGUAGCAUAUAUUGGCCUGCCCCUUUCAACCAACCGUGGGUAAAUGGAAGGACUACUUAUAACAGCAGCCGGUAUGCUGUUCUUGAACAGACGGGCAAGUUUGUCGCGAGCGACAACUUUACAUUUGAAGCUUCUGAUCUUGGUGAUCAGGUUAUGAGGAGGUUGACUCUGGAUUAUGAUGGCAACCUUAGGCUGUAUAGCCUAGACGCGACAAGCGGAGAUUGGUCGGUCUCUUGGAUGGCAUUCCGCCGAGUCUGCGACAUACAUGGGCUGUGUGGCAAAAACAGCAUCUGCAAAUACCUACCGAAGCUCGAGUGCUCUUGCCUUGAAGGUUUCGAGGUGGUUGAUGCAAGCGACUGGAGCAAAGGGUGCACGCCCAAUGUAAACAAGACAGCCAACUGGGACAACAGAAGAAGACACAAGGCAAACAGCACGGCCACCCAGGAUUUCUCAUUCAAAAAGCUCGCUGAAACUGACUUCUAUGGAUAUGAUUCGAACUAUGUGCAGCAGGUGUCAAUUCUGCAGUGCAGACGUAUGUGCUUGGACAAUGCUGAUUGCAAAGCUUUUGCUUACCGUCAGGGAGAAGGCACAUGUUAUACAAAGGUCUACCUUUUAAACGGCCAGAGCUUUGCAUAUCCUCCCAACGACGUUUAUCUGAAACUUCCCAGGAGGUUGCUGUCUUCGCCGGAAUUGACUUCUACACUAGCUCACACAUGCAGAGUUCAUGAAAAAGAGGCAGACAGUUCAUCACAGAUGUUCCAGGACAGCUCUUCCAAGUUCAAGUUUGGCUACUUCCUUUCUUCUGCAUUAACACUGCUUUUCAUUGAAGUUAUAUUAAUCAUCGCCGGGUGUUGGGUCGUUCACAAAUGGGAGGGAAGACCAGAGAUUAUAGAUGAAGGUUACACGAUAAUUUCCAGCCAGUUCCGAAUAUUUAGCUACAGGGAGUUACAGAAGGCAACAAAUUGCUUCCAAGAAGAGCUAGGUAGUGGUGGGUCAGGAGCAGUUUAUAAGGGAGUCCUCGAUGAUGAAAGGAAGGUCGCCGUGAAGAAGCUAAAUGAUGUGAUCCAAGGAGAGCAGGAGUUCAGGUCCGAGUUAAGUGUCAUAGGCAGAAUUUAUCAUAUGAAUCUGGUCAGAAUCUGGGGGUUUUGUGUCGAGAAGACAUGCAAGCUCUUGGUUUCUGAGUUCAUUGAGAAUGGUUCUUUAGCCACAGUUCUGUUUGAUUACCAGAGCCUAUCUCCUGUGCUCCAAUGGGGCCAAAGGUACAAUAUUGCAGUUGGGGUGGCGAAAGGACUGGCCUAUCUCCACCAUGAGUGUCUUGAAUGGAUUGUGCAUUGUGAUGUCAAGCCAGAGAACAUAUUGUUAGACAAAGACUUUGAGCCCAAGAUUGCAGAUUUUGGACUGGUGAAGCUACUGCAACGAGGAUCAAGCGCACAAAUGUUGUCAAGAGUGCACGGGACUAGAGGCUACAUUGCACCAGAAUGGGCUCUCAAUCUUCCAAUCACUGGCAAGGCCGAUGUUUACAGCUAUGGAGUAGUGCUUCUUGAGUUAGUGAGGGGGAUUCGGGUUUCCAGUUGGAUGGUUGAGGGCAAGGAGGAAGUGGAAAUGGCUGUUAGAUGUUCUACUGAAAUUCUUAAAGAGAAACUUGCAGGUGAAGAUCAGUCGUGGAUUCUGGAGUUCGUCGACUACAGACUGGAUGGAGAAUUCAACCAUUCAGAAGCACUCAUGAUGCUUAAGAUAGCAGUAUCAUGUGUGGAAGAAGAGAGGAGCAGAAGACCGAGCAUGAGCCAUGUGGUCGAAACUCUGCUUUCACUUGUGGAAUAA